AAUGUUCUGCGAUUACUUUGUAGUAGGAUGCAAGACAGAUAAGGGAUUCUCCGUGAUUCUUGUCGAAAGACAGGAAGGGGUGGAGACGAGUCUGAUCAAGACAUCGUACUCGCCCACGGCCGGAACAGCCUUUAUCGAAUUCAACGACGUCAAGGUGCCCGUGGAGAACCUCCUUGGCAAAGAGCACAGCGGCUUCAUCGUCAUCAUGGCGAACUUCAACCACGAACGCUUCAUGAUGGCAUCGGGAAUCAUCCGCAUGACACGCACCGUGGUGGAAGAGUGCCUCAAAUGGUGCAACCAGCGCAUCGUGUUCGGCAAGCCAUUGAUUGAGCAACCCGUCAUGAGGCAGAAACUGGCCAAGAUGAUCUCGCACGUGGAAUCCAACCAGGCAUGGCUUGAAUCCAUUGCGUACCAAAUGUGCCAUAUGAGCUACGCACAGCAGUCGCAGAACCUGGGUGGACCCAUUGGCCUACUCAAGUCGCAUGCUACGCGAUCUGCGCAUGAGAUUGCGGACGAAGCGACCAAUAUCUUUGGUGGGCGCGGCAUCACGCAGAGCGGCAUGGGCCGCAUUGUGGAGAUGUUCCACCGCACGUACAAAUUCGAUGCCAUUCUGGGCGGCACUGAGGAGAUUUUGGCGGAUUUGGGUGUUAGACAGGCGAUUAAGAAGAUGCCCAAGGCCAUGUUGUAAG